AUGUUAAUUGAUUUUGUUAAAAACUCUAGAUUUGUGCGAAUUGCAAGGUAUGGUUAUCUUCGAGCCAGAGAUUUUAACUCUUUGUUAGAAUAUGCAAAAACUAAAUCUGAGGAGGAAUAUGAACCUAAACCUUCUGAUAAUAAUAUGAAUACACCUGAAGAGUUAGAUUUGCCUGAGGAAGACUUCAUACCACCAAAUCCAUCCGGCUCUGUUAUAUCUUUGACUAGUACAAAUUUCGAUGAUUUGACAAAAUCUGGUCCUUGGUUUGUGAAAUUUUUUGCCCCUUGGUGUGGCCAUUGUAAAAAUUUGGCUCCAACUUGGGAAGAAUUGGGUCAUAAAUUACAAAAUAAAGUUAAUGUUGGAAAAGUGGAUUGUACCACUGAGAAAGGAUCAAGGCAAUUGCAAAGUCUUCAAGAAUUCGCUGAGCAAGCUGCAUCUGCCCGUUUGGUAGAUAUAACCUUGGCUGAUUUUGAUAAAGCCAAAAAGAUCGAUGAUGUAUUCUUUAUUUAUCUUUAUGAUGAAAAAUCUCCUUCCAAAAAUUUAGAUCCCAAACUUGCCACCUCUUUGAAAGUUUAUACUCUUCCUUCAUUAAUUGUUAUAAAAGAUGAUCUUCAAAAUAGUUACUCUUCCUCAGAUUUUACCGAUCCAUUUGACGACCUUGUGUCUUUAAAAAAUUGGGCUCAAUCUGAAAAAUAUCCAUUAGUACCUGCCAUAGAUUCCGAAAAUUAUGAAGAUAUACUGGCCGGUGAUAGAUUGGUGGUUUUAGGUGUUGUGAGACCUGCUGAUGUUAGGCCUUUCAUUAAAGCUAAAACUACUUUAAAAGCUGUGGCAAAACUUUAUCAUCAACAAACUAAAAAACGUGGUUCUGAAGAUAAUCGUGGUGUAAUAUUUGCGUGGUUGGAUGGUGAUAAAUGGGAAAACUAUAUUUAUAGUAUCUAUGGAUUAAGUAAGAAGGAUUUACCAACCGUGAUAAUUUUUGAUCCUUCGUCUGGUGAAUAUUAUGAUUCUUCAAAAAGCGGUGACAAAUUCACAUUUAGCCAUCAAGCACGAUUGCUUGAAUCUAUUAACGACGCAAAACUCGGACAUCUUGAAGGAAAGAAUUUUGAACGAGGAUAUGAUAAAUUUGAAUAA